GCCGCGGGGCCGAUCUGCUGCGUGCCCACGAGCGGAGCGAGUCGCGCGUUGGGAAGGGGUCGUCUGCACGCCUCGCCGCCAGGCCCGGCUCCAGCUGUCCCGCGCCAAGCGGGCGCCCCGAGGCCGGCCGGCCAGCCCGGCUGGCUGGCAGAGAGGGGGCAUGCUCGGUGCUGGAUCCCGGCGGAGGUGCUGUUGACUGGCCGCAGCAGCGCCUGGGCAAGGUCUUGGAGCGGCGGGCUCGCCUACCGGAUGACGGUCACCAAGAGUUGAUGAGGAGGUGACCAGGGACCUUGAGCCAUGGGGCAGAAGGUCACGGGGGGGAUCAAAACGGUGGACAUGCGGGACCCGGUGUGCCGGCCCUUGAAACAGGAGCUGCAAGGCCUGGAUUGCGGCAAGCCAGCGCGGCUGGACCUCCUCCUGGACAUGCCGGCGGUCUCCUACGAGGUCCAGCUGCUCCACUCAUGGAACGACGACGACCGGUCACUCAACGUCUUCGUGAAAGAGGACAACAAGCUGACCUUCCACCGGCAUCCGGUGGCGCAGAGCACCGACGCCAUCAGGGGCAAAGUGGGCUACACACAAGGGCUCCACGUCUGGCAGAUCACGUGGGCGAUGAGGCAGCGGGGCACCCACGCGGUGGUGGGCGUGGCCACGGCCGAUGCCCCCCUGCACUCCGUGGGGUACACCACCCUCAUCGGGAACAACCAUGAGUCUUGGGGCUGGGACCUGGGCCGGAACAGGCUCUACCACGAUGGCAAGAACCAGGCCAGCCAGACCUACCCGGCGUUUCUGGAGCCGGACGAGACAUUUAUUGUGCCGGAUUCGUUUCUGGUGGUGCUGGACAUGGAUGACGGCACGCUGAGCUUCAUUGUCAACGGACAGUACAUGGGAGUGGCGUUCCGGGGGCUGAAAGGGAAAAAACUGUACCCGGUGGUCAGCGCCGUGUGGGGCCACUGUGAAAUUCAGAUGCGAUACUUGAAUGGCCUUGACCCCGAACCUUUACCGCUGAUGGACCUCUGCCGGCGUUCGGUGCGCCUCGCCUUGGGCAGGAACCGGCUGAAUGAUAUUCAGAUGCUGCCAUUGCCCAAAUCUCUCAAAACUUACCUUCUGUACCAGUGACCCCUGUUGACACUGGAAGGACAGCUUUUUGCGAGGAGCAAACCAUGUUGGAUUGAUUUCGACAAAAAUCUUGGGGGUUCAUCCUUUCUCACAGGGCCCUUCCCCAUGCAUUUUUUAAAAAUUUGCUCCAGGCCCUGUCGCUAUGCCAAGCCGGGGGGCGGGAAUCCCUGUCUUUCAAAGAUCAGAUCCUAGUGAGAUUUUCUGGAAAAGAUUCUAGCCCACCUUUCCAUGUCGUUAUUUAAUUUCCCCGCUCACCACCAACCAUGAAAGGUGGCCGGUCCUGCAGGAUUUGGUCAGGGAGGGAAGGCUCAGCAACUUGGCUGUGUUGGAAACGGUGCAGAUGCUUGGAUUGGACGGUUGGCCCUAUCUGUCUGCAGGGAAGUGGAUGAGGCCCAAACUAUGGUGGUAGCCAUGGGGAAGAAGCAAGCCAUCCUUGGAGAGAUCCUUCUGUGUCCUGGUCCUUGCACACUUUUUUUUUCCUGCAUUGUGCUCAGUGGUUCACCGCCGUGCCUUGAUGCCCAGAAAAUUGCCUGGCCUCGAUGGUGCAUUACUUACACCCAACCUCUUGCUGGAGAAAAUACUUGAAAGUUUGGGAUGAAAGGAUCAUCCAGGGGGAAUGUCUUAUUCCAUCACACAGAAUCCACCUGCUUUCUAGGACCCUUGUUCCUAAUUCUUCCAUUCCAGAUGUGGAUGGACGACCACUCAUGGGUUCCCCCCCGCAGCUGGCUGGAGAUUGGGGUGUCAGGAAUCAAUGUCAGGGCUUGAAGGGGUGCAAUUAUGGGAAGGAAUGGAAGGUGGUUUACCUGGCUAGCCAAGUUCCAUCUUGGAUUCCUGGUUUGCAAUUGGACUAAGUCCCUCUUCCCAUCUAGCCAGGCUAAAAUGCAGUUGCUGGUACGGGACCAGCUGUUAGUUGGGGGUCACUCCUAAACACCGUCCUCUAAUUGGCCAAGCAUUGCAAGGUGGACCCAGGCAUGUGAGAAUUUAGAAAAUGUCCUUGAUCCAACAACCAGCAGGGAAAAACAUUUACCAAGUUGACAAACUUCGAUACUGCCUUCUAAGGGAUUUAGUUUGCACAUAUUUUAUUAACCUAAUGGAGGUGGAAAAAGCAUUUUGUCUCGUCGGCAUCCCUCCCACCGGAUUUGUGUAAAUGUCUUCUUUUGUUUGAUGUGUGUUGGUACAUUGGGCUUAUCUGUUUGGCGGGGAAAUGUUAAUAUAUAGGUAUAUAUGUGUAUAUAUACAUAUUGCAUUGUUUUGAAUGUAAAAGGAUGCUGAAUUUUUUGUUGUUGACGUUUUAAGACAUGCUGCUAUAGGGAAUUGUAAUUUGUUUGUUUUAAAUGAAGAAAAGACAAAUAGGCUGGGGGUGGGUUUUUUUUUUUUUUUUUUUUUAAGCACACAACUGGUGCCAAAGUAAGUUUUGGGAGGAGACCUUUGUGUACUUCUCCAUUUUUUAAAACAGAGGAAAAAAACAAAACUGUUACAAGUGGAACACUUUAAAAUUGCACAAAGAGUUUUAACGUGUGCAGAGCCGAGCAUUUUUAAUUGUCUUCAAUCCCCUUCCUUCACUCUCACUGAGAUUCAGGCACGUCUCCUGUUUAAUCUUUGAUAUUCCUUUUCCCCUUCCUUCCGUUUGUCCACCUCCUUGGUGUAUCUGGCUUGUACAGUUUUUAAACCCCUCACUGGAUUCUCCCUUGUUUGAUUGUAGAUCAUUAGUACCCCAAUGAAAACAAAGCAAAACCAAAAUAAAAGUUUAUUAAUAGUGGAA